AUGGACAUACAAAAUUCUUCAAGGCCAUGUUUUCCUAAACUAAGCCUAGGAAAUACAGUCUUCGGGAUAAGCACCGAGAAGUUUAGCUCUUCGGACGAUACAAAUUCGAUGCUUGCUGAAGAAUGGCAUGAGCAUUUCCUUAAAAUUACACUUCCAAGGGGCCAAGUCGAUGACCUAGCUUCAAUCCCACGAAUUCGCAUUUUGCAAGCUCAUCUCUACACAAAUAUCUCUCCACAAAUUCCUCGAAGCACUAGACCUAACCAGUUGCAUAUUUAUGCGUUAUUGGAGCGAAGUUGA